GGCGGAAGGUAAUAAAGGCCAACUCUUUUGUUUUUAACUUGUAAAGAACCCGCUCGAUACUCGCUCAGAGAGAGAGAGAGAGAGAGGUAGAGAGAGAGGCUAUUGGAAGCAGAAGCAAACCGCGUAAAGCUCGGUCCUUUUUCGUGAUCCAAGCCUUUGUGCUGGCCUCUUGAUUUUCUCUAGGUUCGAUUUCCAAGCCCUAAAAGAUGCUUCCUCUUUCUUUGCUGAAGACUGCCCAAGGGCACCCUAUGUUGGUAGAAUUGAAAAAUGGGGAGACUUACAAUGGUCAUUUGGUCAACUGUGAUACUUGGAUGAACAUCCAUCUUCGAGAGGUUAUUUGUACCUCUAAAGAUGGAGAUAGGUUUUGGAGAAUGCCUGAAUGCUACAUCCGUGGGAAUACUAUUAAGUAUCUUAGAGUUCCUGAUGAGGUGAUUGACAAAGUCCAGGAAGAAACCAAGAAUCGUUCAGACAGGAAACCACCUGGAGUAGGGCGUGGGAGAGGAAGAGGUAGGGAGGAUGGUCCUGGUGGACGACAGGCUAAAGGCAUUGGACGUGGCUUGGAUGAUGCUGCCAAGGGUGCUGGUGGAGGCCGAGGCAGAGGUGGACCUGGUGGGAAGGCCGGUGGAAGCAGAGGUGGGGGUCGAGGCCGAGCUUGAUUCAGCUUAUAGUGUGAAACAAACAGCGAGAUGGGCAAGUUGCUUCUUAUUAUCAUGGUAAUGCGAUUUAGACGGAAUGAUUCAGGAAAAGUGUAGCCAAUGUGUUUCUGUUCUGUAUGAAAUGUAUUUUUGUAUCCGUUUGGCGGGUUUGAAAAUUUAAUGUUGAUGAUAUGUAUCCAUCUUUUCACUCUUA